UCGUAUUCAAGUUCAAAAUAUUGCCUUUCAAAAGAGCGUUGAGGUUAGAUAUACGUUUGAUUUUUGGCAAACCGUGUCGGAAGUAUCAGCCAAUUACGCUGAAGGUGUCCCGGAUAAAGAUAGCAGAAAUAGUUUUGAUCUGUUCAUCUUUGCGAUAGAAUUAAUUGAUAAUUCAAGGAAUCAAAUUGAUGGUAAAACCAUGUAUUUCGCAGUCCGGUAUAAAGUUAAUGGUCGGGAUUACUGGGAUAAUAAUAACGGAUCAAAUUAUCAAGUAAACUUUAAAAGAUUGGGAACCUCAUCGUCACAAUCAUCAUCUAACAACAACAAGUACAAAAAUUCGAAUUCAACAACCUCUUCUACUUCUAAAUGGUCAACAACUUCAACGAAUAAUCGAGCGAGGAAUUUUGAAGCAGAUUCACCUCCUGUUCGUUCACCACCUAUUAUAAAUUCAUCAUCUACUUUGAUAAAUAUGAAUAAAUAUAGCCGUUAUGACUUUAGUCUUUCGUUGAUAACAGCUCAAGGUACUCCAAGUAUCAACCCACCAUCGUCCACUAUAAAGGCCAGACCAAUCAACACCAAUCAUACUUUUCAACAAUCUUAUUUCUAUAAGAAAGAAAAGAAUCCAUGGGAAAAUUCACCAAAUGGAAUUGGAUUUGAAUCAAAGAACAGAACUUCAACUCCAAUCGCUAUACCUUCAGCAAGACCUGCAAUCGGAUCAAGUUCUUAUUGUGAACUUGUAAAACAAUAUUGUUUCUACAAUGGAUCACCCCCA